AUGGAGGGAUCCGCGCUGCUGCUCCUGGUCAACGGCUCGGCGCCGGGGCGCAAUGAGAGCGGCGGCGGCCAAGUGUCUGUGCCGGAGGCCCCGGCGGAGGCGGCGUGGGGCUGGUCCGGGGCGUCGCUGGCGUCGCAGGCGCUGCUGCUGCUGCUGAUCUUCGCGCUGUCGGCGCUGGGCAACGGCGCCGUGGUGGUGGUGAUCGCGCGGCACCGGCCUCUGCGCACGGUCACCAACGCCUUCGUGCUGUCGCUGUCGCUGUCGGAGCUGCUGGGCGCCGCGCUGUGCCUGCCGCCCGCCUUGGUCAGCCUCCUCAGUGGGCGCCCCCACGGGGCUUGGCUCUUUGGGCCGCGCCUGUGCCUGGCCAGCGCCGCCGCGCACGCCGGCCUGGGCAUCGCCGCCACUCUCACCAUGGCGCUGCUCUCCUUCGACCGCUACUGCGCCAUCGUCCGCCAGCCGAGGCGCAAAAUGGGCCGUCGGAGGGCCGCGCAGCUCCUGGCCGCCGUCUGGCUAGCCGCGCUAGGCUUCUCGGGGCCCUGGUACCUGCUGGGCCGGAGGGAGGACGAGGAAGAGGAGGAGGAAGCGGGGCCCGAGGCCUACCACUGCAUGUAUGCCCUGCCCUGGGGGUCCUCGCGCCUAGGCCCCCCCUACAGUGCCACACUGAUCGUCCUGUGCUACCUGCUGCCCUUCGCCCUCAUGUGCUUCUGCCACUACAACAUCUGCCGCGCAGUACGGCGCUCGGAGAGCAGGGUGCGCCCCCUCACCUCCUACGGGCACCUGCUGCGCUUCUACGGCGAGAUGCGGACAGCCACCACGGUCCUUAUCAUGAUCGUCUCCAUCAUCUGUUGCUGGGGGCCCUACUGCAUCCUGGGCCUGGCUGCUGCCACAGGGCACGUCUCCUUCUCGCCUGCUGUGGACACUGUGGCCUGCUGGAUGGCCUGGGCCAACGGAGCCAUCAACCCCCUCAUCUACGCCGCCCGGAAUCCCAACAUCGCCAUGCUGCUUGGGCGCAACCGGGAAGGGGGGUACAGAACGAGAGGCAAUGUGGCUGCAGUGGCACUGGCUGCCACCCAAGGCCGCCGCCUGGAGGGCAAGAGCCGGGCAGAGCGGUACGCCAGCCAUGGGAGCGGAGGCACUGUGGGGAGCACCCUCACCUCCUCCAGCCCGGCCAGUGGAGGGGAAUUGGGGGUGUGGGCCUGCAGGAACCCAGCGCUGCUCUUCUGCCGGGAUGGGUGGCCGGACACGGCUUCUGAAGGAGGCUUGAAGCAAGGAAAAAGGGGUGCUGCCGAUACCAGCCUGUGA